AUGGAAGUGUUACAUAAAGCGCAGCAAUGGCUGCCGCUUAUUAUCGCAGCGCUAGCGCACCUGGUGUGCACGCGCAACGCCAACGAAUUUUACACAUUCAAGGACGCUACGGCGACGUCGGUGUACGUUACCAAUACGGACGACGAGCAGAAGUUUGGCCCGGCAAGAGCUUUCCAAAUCGGCGCUUCUUACUGGUGCAGCGCCGGCAGCCACACGUCGACCGACUUCGUGUCUUGGACCGGAGAACUGUGGGACCUGGCCAAGGUAUCGCAAAUCGAGGUAAUAUGGGAAUACGCACCCAAGGAAGUUGAAAUAUCGACUUCUAUCACACAGGACAGCUUCAACGUUGUCAUGCCCUUCCGGGAGACUUUCGAGAGCAAGCCAUCGUACAAGGAGGUGUUCAAGUUGGAUCUCCCAGUGGAGGCCAGAUAUGUGAGACUCACACUGAGGGGUGCCAUCAACGAAUACUUCGGCAUCAGGGAAAUACACAUCGUCGGGGCGGGCGAUCCCAUGUUCGUCAUCAAGUCCGGCAUAUCAACGACGCUGGGCGAGAUGUGCCUGCAACUGGAGGAGGGGCGCACGGAAAACAACACACGCGUUGUACUUGAUUUGUGCACCCACGCCAUAGCAGCUGCGGACGGCAGGGAUCUAUGGAGGCACGAUUCCAGACAAAGGCUGGUCAGCGCCAUUACAUCGCCACCCAAGUGCCUAACGUCAGUCAGCCCAAACAAAAUUGGGGCCCUAGUAAUCACGGAGUGCAAUGACGAGGGUGACGAGCAGUGUCGGUGGGAGUUCAUGGGAAAUGGGCAGCUUGCGCUGAAGAACGUCAGCGACCUCUGCAUGACGCAGGCGGCGCUCUACGAAGACAAGGCCGGCAUGGGCAACCUCCUAAACAUCAUGAAAUCCAAGAUACAAAUCGUUGCCUCCAGUACCACGGAUAGGCAUGGCGCGGAGCUUGCUAUGGACGGUGAUGUGAAGACGUACUGGGCGUCGGAGCUGUUCCUCGAUUCAAACAUACACAGCGUGAACCUGACCAUCAACUUCGGGGAGUCGGUGCACGCAGCAAGAGUCAGAAUUGACUGGGAAUACCAGCCCACGACCUACAUAAUAGAGGGCAGCACCGAUAACAUCGUGUUUAAGGAGCUCGCCCGGAACGUGUCGAACUCCGACCACAUCACCAUAGACACGCUGGCGAUGAAGGCGUUCAAGCAGCUGAGAAUCGUCAUGCUCAGACCACAUCAUUCCAUGGGUAAAGUGGAGGGAGGGUUUGUGUAUGGAAUAAGGGAAGUGGAGGUGCUCACCAGCAACAUGGAAACGGUGCUGGGCAACUGCAGGGCAGCAGCAAACACCCCAGAUGCUAGAGACAAAUAUUUCGUAUCUUACGUCUCGGAAUUCGAGCCUGGACUCGCACAUGUGAUAAAAAACAUGGAAGACGAAAUACAUAACAUGACAGGAGAAAUCAUGGAUGAAAUGGCGACGCUCAAUGACACACUAGACGAGACCGAUGCCUGCAUGCAGGACAAGAAAGAGUAUGACAAGACGCUAGAAAGGGUGCAUACGAAGGAAACUGCGCUCUGGAAGCAAAUACAGGCGUCCUCGUUGUGCGACAAGUCUGCAAACACGGAAGUGAUGUACUCCACUGUUGGUGAAACCAUGAAAAACGCGGCAGAGGACUGCUAUGUUAUCAAGCAGAUGAUGGGGAAUCCGACUUCCGGAUUCUACUGGAUCCAGCCGCGGUGCUCGAAGCAUCCUCUGCGGGUGUACUGUGAUAUGAACUCCCAGACGUCCAUGUUCAUAUGGAACGGCAAGGAUGCGCAUGCGGCGCCUCAGUCACUGCAGAGCAUGACUUCUCCGCUAGCAAUCAGGUACCAGUGCGCCGCUUUCGGUUUGGAGCCGCUGGUGGUCAAGUCCAAGCACCAACUGGAUGGGCUCAAAGAGGCGUUGUAUAUCAUGGGCUUCGAGAAAAAAACCGAACACUACGUGCCGCUGGCGUACAAGUUUGGGAACUCGCACAAGUUCAGAGACCUGAUGAACAUUUUCUCAUUCAUGACGGAUUCGGCCAUAAUUGAGACGAAUGCGCCGGGUGACAAAACCGAUGAAGUCACGCAAGCUCUGCACACCGUCAACCACAAUGCAGCCGGGCUGUCUUUAGAGACGGGAGAAGUGGAAAAGUUCGAUCUGGAGGCGGCCAACGUGGAGGCUAUUGUGUGCUCAACCAACAUCACGGACGACAACGUGGUGCCGAUCGACAUCAAGUGUGAUGACAGGAUCGACAAAACCGAGGCUUUGGUGGCAAACACCAACACCAACAUCGUUGUGAGGUGUUCGGAGCACUGCGCCGAAAGGAAAGAGUUGCCGGUGUACGGAGUUGAUGGAGUGUACAGCGAACGGAGCUCAAUAUGCAGGGCCGCAAUCCACGCCGGAGUCAUCGCAAGCAGGGGGACAUUCACGGUGGCCGUUGAGAGCGGUCUGCCGUUCUACAGCGGCAGAACAGAGAAUGGCAUACAGAGCUAUGCGUACAACAAGGCGUGGCAGGGCGCAAAGGACAUUUUGGACGCCCAGAUGCCAGAUGAUGAAAAGGAAGUGGAGCACACGGGCCCCCCCUCCAAAUUCAGCAUUCGAAUACUGCCUCGGGAACGCUUAUGCCCAAUCGUGCAAACGCACGGGUCAUUUUUGCAGGUGCCCAACAAAGAGAAUGAGAAAGCGGGAAAGUCUGAAGGAAAAGGCCAGUCGACUGCAGUUGAAAAGCCUGUCCCAAAAGAGGGAGACAAGGCGGACUCCAAGGGGGCACCCGAUGAAAGCGAAGUUAUGGACAUUACCGAUCUGGAUCCCAACACGAAAACCGAGGCUGCCAAGGUGCUCACCGAGAUGAACGCCAUGUAUGGGAUGGACCCCAAGACUGUGGUCAACACCGUCAGGAACAUCGCCGCCUUGGUAAGCCGAGCCAAGAAGUACAUAAAGCCGCUCGAGUCAAUUACACGGCACCAGGAGAAGCAAAUGAACACGAUGUUUGACCGCGUGGAGGUAGCUUCUCAGAAGGCCACGCAUCUAAAGGAAGUGAAGGAAUCGCAUAAAACGAACUAUGAAAGGCUACUGCAUGAACAACAGGCGAAAGGGGUAGAAAGCGAAGCGCCAAUCACCUUGGACUACACCAAAAUGGCCUUCUCAAAAACAUUCAGGGUCUACGACACAAGCAUGACUUCGGGGGGUGAGAGCCGAUGGGGAUACUCGGACGCACCGUUCGAAGGCCACCAAAGCUACAUGGUGCAGAGCAGCGAUGUGGACAGCUCGUUGCUAGGGGAAGGGGCGUUCGCAAUCCUGAACAACCGUCGGUACUUCGACUUCGACCUCAAGGUCGACGUGUUGGCUAAAAACGAUGGAGCGGUAGGCGUGGCAUUCCGGGUGCAGGAUCAAUUUAACUUCUACCUUUUCGUCAUGAAUUCGCGGCAGAGCCACAAGCAGCUCAUUAAGGUGCAAGACGGAGUUGCUCUCGUCCUGGCAACCAACCCGGAUGAAGGAUACCAGAAAAACAAGUGGAUCGCUGUGGACAUUUCGGCAACCAGCAACUCUGUCGUAAUCAAGUGCGACGACAAGACUAUACUCAGGGUGUUGGACACGUCAUUCUUGCACGGUGCGGUGGGACUGUAUUCGUGCGGCAGCAACGGGAACUUCUACUACGACCACUUCAGCGUCUCGCCAAAGGCGCAAGUAAAAGAGGAUCGUACGUCCAACGAGGCAAGGCUUAAGACGCUCAAGUGCUGCACAUACAACGAAAACUUCGACGGGAAGUUCAGCAGUGCGUACACCGUCGUCACCCCUCACCAUGUGCACGCAACUUCGUGGCGAUUCAAAGACAUCCUUGGGGGAAAGCACAAAGCGAUACACCAGCGCCACUCCGCUCAGGACGCGUUGGAUAUCGGCUCAAUAGCGCUGCUCAAGAACGCCAGGAUGUGCAGAAAUGGCCACAUGAAGUUCAGGUUCCUGCCCACAUGCGAGGGAGGCGUCCUCGGCGCGGUAGUUCGCUACGCUGAUAUAAACAACAUGGUGUUGGUGGAGAUAAGCUGGAAGGAGCUCAGAAUCAGGCAUAUACAGGCAGGCGCAGCCAAGGUGCUCGUGACAGUGCCAGCCGCAUUUGCUGUUUCGAAGUGGAAUGUCAUGAACGUGGCAAUCGACGAUAAGAGCAUAUCGGUUAAGGUGCACAACAACGUCGAGCACGGGUCGUUCCUGACCAGUAUCUUCAAGAAUGCUGACUUCGAGUGCAGCGCCGAGAUAGGUGACGACAGCGCCUUGGGCUUCGGACUGGGACUCAAGGCGAGCGCCUGUGAUUCCAGCUACUUCGACACCCUGCACAUCUCUCCCGAAGAAAACAACCAGGCGCUUCCCGCCACCAACCUCAUACAGCAGUACUCCGCCGCCAACCUGUGGAAGCCGUGCGUCGAAAACGUGCACAUACUCAGCAGGGUGGGGCUCUGCAGGCAAAUGUAUCGCAACAAGGGGAACGCGCACGUGUGCGCCGAGAGCUUCUGCGCGCCGUGCUGCAGCUACCACACGACGCUGCUGGGUGACGUCCACCAGCAGGCAUGCGUGGCGGAGUGCCAGAAAAACAACCACCUCGUCCACAGCUACCUCGAGAGGUUCCUCUCAUACGUCAGCAGCUGCGUGUCGCUCAAGGGGGUCGGCUUCGACCACUGCGAAGGGGACCGGCAGUGCCUGAGACAGGCGUGCAAGCUCUGCUGCGGCAGCGGCCACCGAGAAAACGGGCCGCUCGACAAGAACCUGAUGGCGCUAGAGACCUCCAGCUGCCUAGCGCAGUGUAACAGCCUAGUGUAG